GACAGACAAGAAAUAGAAUGCUCAGUAGUCCUAUUGUGGUGUGUGCAUGACAGUGACAGGUUCCGGGGGCUGACGAGGCUGAGUCGAGGAUUGAAAGACAAGCAGAAAGUUCCUCAACUUGUUAGAGCCAGUUCAGCACUUGCUAAUAGUUGAAGUUAUGUGAAUUGAAGAAAUUCUGCCUCCAAGAUGUCUUUGUACCCUGAAUUAAAAGGUCUCUAUCACCUCAGAGAAACCAUUGGCUCAGGUGGUUUUGCCAAGGUGAAACUUGCCUAUCAUGCCUUGACAGGUGAAAAAGUUGCUGUGAAAAUCAUGGACAAGCGGCAACUUGGGCCUGAGCUACCAAGAGUCACCACAGAAAUUGCAGCCAUGAAAGAACUCUGUCAUCAUCAUAUAUGCAAGCUGUUUCAAGUAAUUGAGACAGAGACAAGGUUUUAUCUGAUCCUUGAGUACUGCCCAGAGGGGGAGCUCUUUGACUACAUAGUGUCCAAAGAUCGGCUUGAGGAAGAUGAAGCACGAAUUUUCUUCCGACAAAUAGUGGCUGCUGUGGCCUACAUACAUGAUGUUGGUUUUGCCCACCGUGAUUUAAAACCAGAAAAUCUGUUGCUCGAUGAAGAGCAAAAUAUCAAGCUGAUUGAUUUUGGGUUGUGUGCCAAGCCAAAGGGUGGUAUGAGUAGCUAUCUGGCCACAUUGUGUGGAAGCCCUGCAUAUGCUGCACCAGAGCUGAUUGCUGGCAAGCAGUAUCUUGGCUCUGAGGUUGACCAAUGGAGUAUGGGAGUGCUCCUGUAUGCGUUGCUAUGUGGAUUUCUACCCUUUGAUGAUGAAAAUAUUUCUCAACUGUACAAAAAGAUCAAGCAUGGGACGUACUCCUCUCCUGAGUGGCUGAGUGAGGAGAGCAAAGAGUUGAUAGCUCACCUGCUUCAAGUGGAUCCCAAACGUCGCAUCACCAUCCCAGAUUUGCUGCAGCACGAGUGGCUUACACACGGCUUCAACGUUCCAAUAGAGUGGCAAAGCAAAUACAAGAAAAAUCUGGAUGAUGACUGUGUCAUUGAAUUGUCUGUGCAUCAUGGGAAGAAAAGAGUGGACAUGGAGGAUGAGAUACAGGAGUGGAAAUAUGAUUACUUGACUGCCACAUAUUUCCUGCUGCUUGAGAAAAAGAGGAAAGGCAAACCUGUGAGGUUGUUGCUGAAACCUUCAAACAGAGAAGAUCGUUCUAGGUCUCGGCAUUACAGUUCAGAGGAAGACCUGGAGGGAGUUGACUUUGGAAGUUCUCCUUUCAUCCUGACACCUCAAAGCACCAGGGACAACAAGUUCUCGGCCUCCCACCCCGAGCGACCAAGGGCGAGGGAGAGACUGGACUUCAACAAUCCUGUGGAGACUGCGCAGCGGAGAGCUGGUCCCAGGGAGGAGGUCACUCCCAGCAAGAGUGAUAAGGAGAACUGUCCUAUCAAGAGAGGGACUGUUAUCUGUACUGGUGAUUUGAAAGAGAAGGGGGCUGAUCUCCCCGGUUCCAAAAACUGGAGAAACGAAGCUGGCAGAUCAUCCAGAAGUAGAGAACGGAAAAAUUUGAAUGAUGUUAAUAAUGGUCAUGUAUAUAAUGUAAAGACUGCUGAGCACCAUCGACAAAGUCAUGAGGAGAAAAGUUCUGAACAGAGAGCCUCCACUGCACCAAAAGAAGGAGUCAGUGGGAGAGGUACACCUUCAAGACAACCUCCAGCUUAUGUGAAAAAUUCUGCCCCACGAACUCCAAAGAGCUCCAGGACACCUGGAAGAAGAGAGACUGGAAUAGACUCCCAAAAAACUGAGGGGGACAGAAGCAAGAGUCGACCCCGGGAUGGCCAUUCAACUGCUGUGUCUUCAAGCCAGAGACAAAAGGAAGAGUUUGCUGUCCCACAUACUCCCAAGGCCCGGCCCACGCCUGCUAGGACUCCCAAACAUAAGCCGCAGUCCCUUAUGACACCCAAACAACCUCAAGUCAAGUCUAUGGAUGACUCUUUGUUUGCUACCCUGUUUGCAGUUGUCCGUGAAAAGUCGGGACUGAACAGUACGUUCUCGCCCUCACGUUCCUAUGACUCACAGCUGAACAACCUCAUAGAGGAUGAGACCUCUAAAGUCCCGAUGACAGAUGCUAACAAGGCAGCUUCAAGAUCAGUGGAUGAUGAACUUUACAGAAUGCACAUGGCAACCCCUGACAGUGGACAGCGGUCAAGGAAGGGUUCAGUUCUUGGCAGCAUCGAGCGAAUGUUCAACAUGCUUACCCCAAAGAGGAAAGGUUCCACAACCGAUGGACCUCGGAAAGCAAGGGCUUUGCACAAUGUCUGCCUGACCAAUGAACUCAGCCCUGACCAUGUUCUAGCCCAGCUCAAGGCCACGCUGCACCACAAGUGCAUCCCGUUCAAACAGAGCGACUACUCUAUUCGCUGCACCGUCAUGGAUGACUGGGGUCGCACCAAGCUGGCCUUUGACUUUGAGGUAUGUGCCUUACCCAAGACAGCUUACAUGGGGGUCCACCGGAAACGUGUCAAAGGAGAUGUCUGGUACUACAAGCGGUUGUGUGAGGAUGUUAUGAGGACUGCCGGCUACAUCUAAAGCCUCACCAGUGUCCAAAGAGAAAUACAUGGUUGUGACUGUGGAGGCGCACUUGGUGAAUUAUCUAAUACGUUACCUCAACCUUAUUUGUGUCGACAAUUGUAUGAACAAACACGCAUACACCCGCACGUGCGGACACACACUCACACUCACACGCAGACACACUGUUCUCAACUCUGUUCAUUUUAUGAUUCAGCAUUUUAGAAAACUUUUUAGCUUAGUCGAAUUUAUUAAUAAAUAUCCUAUUUUUCAAAAUGCCAAUGGCACCAUUAAAGUACAGCUUCCAUUAUAAAAAUGAGCGUAUAUUAGGCAGCUGUUCCAAUGUAAAUGCAUUUCAAAUUUAUAACAAUAGCUUGUUCACUUUCAUCUGAUCGCUUAAAAAAAAGUAUAUCUCAUUUUGCCAGUGUGCAUAAAACUUUGCAUGGGACUCCUAGGCCACUGUUCGAACAAAUAUAUAUAUUUGUCAAAAAUGUUUGAUCCAGUUAUAAAAGUUUCAGAGUUUCUUUAUUUGGGCCCGAUUAUGUUAAUAAGCACUGCCCUUUUAAGGUAUGUCCAUGUGAUCACAACAAUAAAUGAUUUACAGUAACCUGGCUUAUAAAUUGCUCAUUUUGAGACAUCAACAUCACCCUGCCCCCACAAUUCAGUGUAAGCUUGUCAUCUUUCUCCCAAGACCAUCUAGAUGUCUGUUAGAUAUUGUUUCAUACAUAGUGUUAUAGUGUGGUGUUCAUGAAAAUAUGUAAACUUUUCUGUUUUAAGUGUAAAACUCGUAUUAUUUUUUUAUACCCCCUUCAAGCUAACAUCAAAGAAAAUGUGUCGGAACCUUACUUUGCAGUGACCUUCAUUUAUGGGCUCUUAGAGUCUCUUGAUCAUCCAACUUUUAUAUCCACAUGCAAAGACCUAAGAAGAUUAAACAGCAAUUUGUAUUUAUAUUGUUUUAAUGGCAGACAAAAGUGGACGAGCUAUAUUAGAACCAUAGCAAAAUAUUUGGGGACCAAUUUGGCAUAUUCAAUAUGCUUGCUUCAAGAUGCCCUUAUAUACUUAAUGGAGAACAUGUCAAUAUUGUUAAGACACUUCCUGUGUGGUCUUUUGUUUUUAUAUAUAUUUCUAAAGUGCAGUUUUACUUUUUAGCAUGUUUAUCUUCAGAAGUUUAGAAAUUGAUAUUUAGAAGUAGUGAUGUUGAUUUCUUUUUUUCCCCAUCUAUUUAAUAGGGCUCAUUAUUACAUGAUCCGAGAUUAUGAAAAUCCAUAGUUUAAAGCUAGGUUUAAAAAAACAAACAACUAUGUUUGUGUCAGAAUAAAGUCAUAGAUUUGAUUGAAAAGUCACAUAUAUAUACCACUGAAUUCUCAAAGGUAUUCUGCUAAUCUUGGAAACUGAACAAUCGUGCUGAAUUAUGGUGGGAACCCCCUUAUGAUGUCCAGCUAUCUCUAUGGCCCUGAAAAUCUAGUGUACACAGGAAGGAUUCUCAUUGGUAGAAAUUCUAGAUUUGUCAAGUUUUUAGAAUCUUGAAAGAGAAGGAUACAAGUGCUCAAGCACCAAAAGUUUAUGGGAUUCAGAUCUUUUCUGCUGCCUUAUACAUAAUAUGUACUAGACUAAAGACUUGUGUCAGUUCUUGAUUGUUCUCUUUCACUGUUUGAUUUUUCUUUCUGGUGCCAUUUGUUCUAUUUUCUGUAUACUGAGAUUAUGUCUUGGGCGAGUACAAAAUGUAUGAGCAGUGUAGCUCAAUAGGUUUGCACAAACAAGUAUAUGUAUGAUCUGACACUUUUGUUAAGUGGAUGGAUGGAUGGUUGGUCCUACUUUUUUUCUCUACCUGCUUUUGUCUGUCUGUCUAUCUUGCUCUUUUCAAGCUCUAAAUGAUAAUUUUUGCGCUGGUUUCCUCUCUCUGUACACAUUUACUCUUUUGUUGAUGGAAUUGUUUGAAACAGGCAGUAAUUUUUCACUUGUGCUCAUGUAAAGCAUGAGGCAACAUGGUGGGCUUUCUGCUGUUAUAGCACAAAUCACCACAUUAUAUCAGUGAUGCAUCUAUCUACUAUCUAUUCCAGUACCGUACUUGAUUUUUAGGGCAGGUGAUUGGAAGGUGCCACUGGUGGAUCCUAUUUCUUUUCUUUCCAUCUCUCGUGUCUGUCUGUCUUUCUUCUUCCCCCACAUAAAACAGCUAUUAUUGUAUACAUACUGAUAUGCUUCUUUUUGCUUUAACUGACUUAAGUAAAUAUGUAUAGAUAUAGACCAUGGAGCUAAAAAACAAAGAAGAUACCUACAAAUACAUUUUUCAUCUCACUCUUGUACUUAUACUUUUCUUUUCUUUAAAAAAGAAUUACUUAGGAACAGAAAGAAACCCAACUUUUGACUCUUUUCACAUUUUCUAUGUGUGUUGUUAUUCCUCCUCGACGUUGUCAUGGAGAGAAUUUUUUUUAAAAAAAAAUCAAAGCAACGAACAUAACAUAAUAAAAAUGUGUACUAAACGUGCCUUUAUCAUUAUGUUCCAUGAUGUACGUUGUAAUGAAUGUUUUUAAAAAAUGUUUUUGCUUUUGUUUCAUGAGGUAUCUUGGUAGUCAGCUUAGUCAUUAUUGAUAGUUUUUUGUUUUUCUUUUGUGUGUGUGUGGCCAAAUGUUAUAAUAGAACAUGUAUUCUUAUCUUAGUGUAUAUGUCCCCAUGCAAAGGGGUAAAAAUGUUGAGGAAAGAUGAUUAUUCUUUUUACUCCUUGUUUCUGCUUUGGUUAUAGGCAGUUUCUUGUCUCAAGGAUUGUUAAAAAAAAAGAAAUCCAUUGCAGUUAGAAAUACGAUGGUGUUUAGGUGUUUUUUUUGGUUUUUUAAAACAGGUGUUGAGAGAUCAAAAGUGUAUUGUGCACCAAUGACUUACACAAAAUUAAACACUAUGCUUUGAUUAUAUGAAAUGGAUAUAUAUAUGAUUUAAUUUAAUGUUAUAAUAUUUCACAAGUACCUCGGAUGCUUCAUAAUAUUGUUGUGCAGCUAGCAAUCUAUGAUACUGUUGAAGGAAGGCUACUUCUAUUUAAAAGCAGCAAUAUUUACAGCAUAAGAUCUUUCAUGUAAUAAUUGUAUAGUGUUUCUCCACUCACAUUUAGUGACCAAAAAUUUGUACUAACCAUUUUCGCAUGUAAAUAAAUUAUGUACUUAAUCGAGAA